UAGAGGCAUUAAAUGAUUAUGAUUUUUGUUUCGGGUGACAAUUGGGGGUUUUGAACAAGAUGACGCACUAAGGAAACGUCCACUUUUAUCUGUUGUCACUGUAAGGGGAGUCCCUGGAACAGCAGUGUUCUGAACCGGAAGGAAUAAUCAUUGCAGAGAGUUCACGGCUUUACUUUGAGGAAUGCAACAAUAGCCCUUUUUUUCCCCAUGAAUAGCGACGAGCAGCUAAAGCUUUCGCGCUGCGCUCGCCCCUCCGUAAAACCAGUAGCCAGCAAAGUCAGCAUCUCGCUAACCUCGCCUACCACCCCUGUGAAAGAGCACCAUGGAGAGCACAGAUAAGUCACGUGACACUAAGCGCUUCGAAAUGUACGCCAUUUUGGAGGGCAUUCACCAUGCCAAGGAGGUCCACAGCGGAAAAUUAAAGUUGGGGCGUUUGGAACCGAAGCACUCUUCAACACAAAUAAAUCCGUGUACGUGGCAGUGAAACCUGUGAUAAACUGGCCAAUAAUGCCAGCGUCAUGCUGCGCUUCCGGCUGCUCCAACAGCGUGACCCGGGGCAAGCGCCUGUUCCGCAUCCCCUUGAGCGAGAAAGACUCCGCUCGGCGCGAGGUGUGGCUGGCGAUUAUCAAGCGGCAGGGAUUCGUGCCGACGACGGGAUCACGUCUCUGCGAGGACCAUUUCGAACCGGACCAGUUCGAGCAGUGCAGGGCAGAUGGGCGCAAGCUGCUCAAACACAAUGCCGUGCCAACCAUCCCUGGAUCUGCGAUACCCACAGGUCAGAAGAGAGGACGGCGUCGGAACAGGCGGGCACCAACUGCACCAACCAAGAGGAGGCGCUCGCCGUCGGACUCUGUGGAUGAUGGAGAUAGUGAGGGUGAGGAGGAAGUGGACUGCUCCUCGGGACCCGAGGCAGCAGAGGCUGCUCACGUGGUGGAGUCAGCAGAGACAUGUGGCGCCUCUGAGUGGGCUGAUGCGCUGACAUGCAAGGCCCUGCAGAUCCGCUUGGCGGCUGGCCAGCGAGGCUAUGUGGUUGUGCGCGAGAUGUGCCUUGGAUUUCCUUCCGAGCUGCAGCUACGGCAGUGUGUGGAGGCACUGCCUUUUGAACCUGGGUUGCUCGAUGGUCUGUUACCUGCACUAGAGCACAAGGUGUCCACCAUGGGGCCAGAGGACAGGCACGUCGCCCUCUGGCUGGAACGGGUGGCAGUGCUGCCAGGUUCAGGACCGACCCUUGGCGGGACGGACGACGAGUCGUCAGGAGACGCACUUGUUUUCAGCAUAGCGGGGCUGGCCUCCUACUGGAAACAGACGCUGGGAUACCACCUGCUUACUGAGUUGGCCUCUUCCACCUCAACAGGUGGUUCGGCACUUUGUGGCAUGCUGAAGAAUGCCAUCUUCCAAGUGGUCAGAAAGUGUGAAGCCCUAGGCCUAGCCAUCGAUGCCCUUGUGACGGACCUGAGUGCCCUCAGCCUCUCUUUGUGGGAGCUGUGCAGAGUUUCCACCCGUCCCGUCAGACGACCGGUCUUCUCAACCCGUCACCCGUGCACCACCGCCGAGCAGUCCGACCAUCGGUGGCUGAUGAUCCUCGCCGACUUACCGUAUGUGACGAAGAGCAUCGUAGAUGCUCUCAUUGAAAAUGAGACAUUGCUUCUUCCCAGAGAUGUGGUUGAGAAGCAUGGCCUUCCCACAGAUAAAGUGUGUUUCGACCAUAUUAAGUCGCUCUUUGUAAAAAACAAUGCGGAUAAUUUGGGAUUUGUACGUGUCAUCGAACUAGAUUGUCUUAGGCCUGAAUGCACGCGAAAGGACACGAGCGUAUCUAACGCAGUCUUGAGCCAGGGCACUGUGACAGGGCUACGUUGCCUGUGUGCAGUCAAGGUUCUUCCAAUGGAAGCAGAGACGACAGCCUGGUUUGUUGAGCAGAUAAAUCGCUGGUGCUCUUUGAUGAUGUCGGUUGCACCGGGCGCUACAAGCGAACAAUGCAAGGAGGUAAUGGCAUUCCUCCAUGAAUUCAAGGACACAUUCUCGCGUGUAUCUCUUUUUUCGCAGGAAAAGGAGGAGGGAGAGCUAAGGACAGCUAAAAUUGGAUUGUGUGUUUCGACAGCUGCGGCAUUGAAGGUGCACGAGAUUUUGGUGGUUGAAAGACAAUUUAGGCAUGUGCACAUUGAUAGAGGGCCAUCUGCCUCGCUCCAGAAAGUACUUGGGACUGCUUGUCUAAGUAGCUGUGUGCCCAGCCACACGGACUUUCGAUCGUUGCUGCACACAAUGUGUCUCGCACAGCUCUUCCUGCCCAUUCAAAAGGGUGGAUCUGUGCUUGAUGAGAGUGGUGACACUGCAGAAUUUAUGUAGGUGCUAAGCCGAGUGAGAACAGUGAUGAAAGCUGUACCUUUAUGUAAAUAGAAAAAUGCACUGAAAAUGCUGAAAGUUGACGAUGUUUGAUAGCGCAACUUCACUUUGUUAUGGUUCAUUUGACUGGUCACAUUCGAGCGUUCUUAUUUGGCUGGCCGAAAUCGAACGCUCAAUGCAAUUGAGGUUUUAUUUUGACAUAGAAAUGUCUAGCACCUCCGUGCAAUCAAAACUACCUGAAGGGAUCCUAUGCUCCUGUGCGUGCUCGGCAUCCCCUUCCAGUCUGUGAAGAUAGUCAAACCGUGAUGAUGUGUUAGUUAUACAGAGUGUUACACCAUGCAAAUCAAACUUCACAAGCCGUCUAUAUUACAGAUCUUUUGUUUCACUAUUCUUUCACCUCACUUUCAUUUUUGCAGUAGGCGGCUUCUUCCUCAGGAGUACGCACUACUUGUGGUCUUCCCAUAGUUGUAGCUGGGAUGGAAUGUGCGGAACAACUAAUCCAAAGCUCUGUAUAUUUAGGGUUAUUCGUUUUCGGGUUUUAUAUUUUUUCAAAUCCGGGGGGUAAAAAUCGGGCGUUAUUUUUCGGCUUGAUAAUCGGGGAGAAAUCGGGUUUUUCGUGGAAAAAUUCCGCAAUUCGGGUUUUAUUGGGUUAAAUUUGCAAACUAAUAAUUUAUUCGAUUUGCUCUAAUCGGUGGGUAACAGUUAGGGCUAGAUUUUGGGCUGCUUUCAAGAAAAUAUUGCAAAAUUUGGCAUUUCUUUGGUAAUUAAUUAUUACUCGCAGUGAGAGGCAACGGUCAGUUUUGAGAAAAGAAACAUUUUAUUCACGAGGGCUGGUCAUCGACGUUCUACACGUCCUUAUUAACAUACAUAAUCAUCUGCAUGCGCAACAUCUCGGUUUCCAUACGAGACCUGUCUGGUCUCUGCAGGUACCUUAGCUGAGAGAACGUUCGCUCAACGUCACAGCUGCCAUUAGCUAGGCACAACAAUGAUAACGCUGCAUUUGCUAGCCUUGGGUAACGCACAGUUGCGUCAUUCCAAAAGUCCAUCACUUCAACACCUUCAUUUGUGGGGCUUGCUUCCAGCAAGUACUGGUUGAACUCCUCGCGCAGCGAGCCUACAUCAUCUAUCACGGAAUUAAAGAGAGGUCGGUAGUCAUCAAACGACUGACUCAGCAGCCGCUUCUGGAAUGGAUCGAGUACGGCUCCCAGUUUCCACAAUGUCAACUGGUUUUCUUUUUUGUCUAAGACGUUGUGUUUCAAAGUGCAGUCCCAUUUUGUGGAGAUUUCGGCGGAAAACUCUUCACAACAAGUUUUUAAUAAUAUGGCACUGCUCUUAGGCAACAUAGACAAAACACCUUUCGCCCGAUCACUUUUACCGAUCACCGUGGAAAGCUCGCUGACAGUCUGCUGUAGCUUGACGUUUACGAGGUGAUCGAAGCUUGGCAUGAGGAGUUCUCCGCUUUCAAGCGUUUUUUGGACAUCUAAAAGAGGCUCGAGUGCAUCUCUCAUUAAGACUGCCUUUGCAUAAAGAACCUCUUUUUCAGAAAGUAUCGCUCGAAUAGCUUCCGCUUUGGUGCUAUCAUGCGAGCAUUCAACAAGUUCUGUUAAUGAGCUCCACAUUUCUAUGACGGCAACAAGCGCUUUGUAGAAGCUUUGCCAUCUGUUCGGAACUACAGAAGGAGGCUUCUUUGCAUCAGCGCCAAACAGGCUAUUAGAGGCACAUAUUUCGAUGUACUUUUGGUGCAGCUUGUUAGCGUGCUUAAAUAAUGCUCCAAACUUGAUCACUGUGGAUCGAACAUCAGACACGCAAGGUGACGAAAUCGCAUGGUCAAUACAUGCAAGAUGUGGAUCGCUUCAGCAUCGCAGAUCUCGCGUACCAUUUUUCGCAUGUACUCCGCGGAAUCUGUGGCUACGGCUACAACAUCCUUCCACGUCUUGCCCACAGUAAGGAGAGCCUUGCCGACUACCCGGGCCACUGUGUAGCUGUUCGAAGCAUUAACUCUGUCGACGUCGACUAAACAAACCUGCUUAUUUUUUGCUUUUUGACUAUAAUAGCACAGCAGAGUGUUAAUGGUAGGCACUCCGGUUAUGUCAGGGGAUUCGUCGGCGAUAACACUCACUUUAACGGCUUGCAUAUCAUCACGGAUUUUUGUCAUUGUCAAAGAUUGAUGGUGCGCAAUUCGCACUCUCCGAACCGGAGGGGAUGGGGCGACAACAAACCCACCCCGCGUGCGUUUAGUGAGGGUUCGACUGCUGACCGGCGAUAAGGUCCACGCCUGAUCGACCGUGAACCAGAGGCAUGAGACGGGAGGCGACGUACAACACACACACUCAAUUUAAUACAAUAAAAUCAUGCGCGAGACAUGCUCGAAAAAAGAACAUACAAAUUACCAGCAGGGGGGCCUAGUUCGCGGAAGGCGUGCGGGUCACACAACGCACGCCCUGACGCCACUCGCACGACACUAAGCCCACGUGGUGGGAGCUAUUAACACUCGCGAAAUAACAAACAAAAUACGCGACAAAAAUGAAAAAUACACGCGACAAUAAAUAGGGCCAACACUACACUAACAGAACAUACAAAAAUAAACACGCGAUGGAUAAAUAAAUGAAAGAUUAAACGCGAUUAAAAAAAUACAGUCCGGCGGAAAGUUCUGAGAGCGGGCUGGAACACGAGGCUUAACUGUGGCGUGCUUGCCGAGAUCCCGGUCUGAAGAGCGUCGGGCUGCUGGUACCUCGCUGCCGAAGAUCCUGACGGACUUGCACCGGCUGUCGGUCGAACGGCGAAGACUUCGGCCUGGAGGUUUCAGCCUGCCGACCACAUCUUCAGCUGUCUCCCGUUGCACGACCACCCUCCUCCGUCUUCCAAGCCACUCUGCCGCUCCCUGAGCUGCC